CGACUCGGACUGGGUCACGGACUCACGGCUUUUAACUUGGCAGCACGCCAGGUAGCACACCCUCCUCAACUGCCACUACUUCCCAUUGGAUAACAAAAACAACCGAAACACAUCAGCCAAUAGAAAUCCCGUAUCGAACCCCAUCGAUCCAAGUUGUUGCCCCGACUUCGCAUCUCAACCGUCCGCUUCAUUACAGGAAACACAACCAACCCCUUUCGUAACCGUCCGAUACCGUACUGGAAAAGCACACGGAUAAUGAACAGCAGCCGUCCGAUUCACUCCCGUGGCCGUCCCCCACACGCUAUAUAUACCCGUCCACCUCUCAACUUUGCAAAGUUUCGAUCGCUCCUUGUUUUGAGAGAGGGUUAUAGAGAGAGAAAAAGGCAAUUGUUUCGUGAGAGAUGGCUCGUACCAAGCAAACUGCUCGUAAGUCUACCGGAGGAAAGGCUCCUAGGAAGCAACUCGCUACCAAGGCUGCUCGCAAGUCUGCCCCAACCACUGGCGGUGUUAAGAAGCCCCACAGAUACCGCCCAGGAACUGUCGCUCUUCGUGAAAUCCGUAAGUACCAGAAGAGUACUGAGCUCCUGAUCAGGAAACUCCCCUUCCAGAGGCUUGUCCGUGAAAUUGCUCAGGACUUCAAGACUGAUCUGCGUUUCCAGAGCCAUGCUGUGCUGGCCCUGCAGGAGGCUGCCGAGGCUUAUCUGGUCGGUCUCUUUGAGGAUACCAACCUCUGUGCCAUCCACGCCAAGCGUGUGACCAUCAUGCCUAAGGACAUCCAGUUGGCCAGGAGAAUCAGGGGUGAGCGUGCUUAAGAAGGUGGGGGGCACAAAGGUGGUGCUGGUGGAUGAUGGUGGUGUAUCACUGUUUUGGGGUUUUCUAAUGCUUAGUGUUAUAUAUAGCUGUUAUUAGUUUUAGUGGAUGGGUAGUUGUUGCUGAUGGUGUUUAGAAUAUUUGUGACUCUGGUGUUUGUUCUUUAGGGGAUGGAAUGCUUGCACCUUCAAAAUUUGGUAUUGUUGAACCUGGUUUUUUGUUGACACCAAUUGGUGUUGGAACAAUCUUAUCUAAUAUUUCUGUGUUAA